UUUACUCCUCCACAGCCGGAACCCAAUGCAGAUGAUAUGAUGAUAAAACAAAACAUUGAAGUUCUCCUCUUUUCUUUUAUUGUUCCUCUUCUGUUCCAAUUAAAUGCCAUUCCAUAUUUCCACCCUCGUUUUAAAGCCCUCAUGAGUACUCAUGGACGACCCCCCUUCCAACAUUUCUCCCGCCAACACUCCUUGCACAACAGGGUGUGUGUGUGUGUGUGUUUCGGAGCUCUUCGAUUCAUCCUGGGUCCUGUCCGUUAUGAAUCUUUCUGGGUUCUGGGCUGUGUUGUUGCUGCUCCAAUUAACUUCAUUCCUGCCUUCCUUUCCCACCUAUAUAAAUGCCUCCUCCGCCUCCGAAAUGGCUGUGAACCACCACCAUGUUAACCCAAAUGGAUGCUUCUCCGACAUGCCAUUAAACAGGAAGCUGAAGUUCCAGGCUGCUGAUGAACAUAACAAAAAGAAGGCUCACCCAAGUGGUGUAAAUCUCGAUGACUACCAUCCCAUUGAUCCUGUUCCAAGUUCAAAGACAUCACUAAAACCUGGGCCCAUAGAGCACGGCGCUCCUCUCCUCCCCCAUAUGCCAAAUCCUCCACCUCCCGCUCAGCCGGGCGAUUAUGCUUAGACAGCUCAA